AUGGAGAAGACGACCCAUCGCACUCUAUUCAGCUUCCGCCCACAUAUUGAGCUGGUCGCAGCCCUAAUCCACCUGGCCCGACGUGCGCACGCGUUGCACCCGUCCCAGUCCAAAGUUCGAAUGCUGCUAUCCUCCUCGAUCGCUGUCCUCCGUUACUGCAAGAACAAAUUUCCAUUUACAGUGCCAGAGACUCCCAAUUUGGACCCGGAGACGGUCACACGGAUGGGCUACGCGGAGGCAAAAUGGGUAUGUGAGAAGCUUCUGACAAGGGCGGCAGAUCAAUAUUCCAGUGAGAUUGAAGCCGUGGCUUUGCGCAUUGGGCAGCUGAGCGGCCCUGAACGAUCAAGCGGCGCCUGGAAGGUUGGCGAGCACAUUCCAGCCCUGGUCCAGGCAUGUUAUCACAAGGGGGCAUUUUCACAUCUCGAAGGGGUAGGUCGACUUCCUCCCUGUCUUGGCUCCCUGUCGACCGUGCUGCGCGUUCGCUUAUUGAAAUUCUCUUUCAUCAAGGACCCCUGGACACGAUCAUGCAUCUCGAAAACCCCACACGACAGCCUGCCCACGAUGUGGUCACCAUCAUGGCCGACCACCUAUAGAAACAUCCUUAGCGGGCUGGAACCGUCAGGUGGGGACUGUGGGGGCAAGCUCAGCCACAUACUUCUGGCCAUGAAUGCAAAUCGCAUCACGGAGACGCUAGUCCUCGUCGGGCUCCCACGCGCCUUUCUUCAGCGAUCCACACACCUUGUUAAUCCAACGUUUCCGGCAGUCUUUGUUGGUCCGGCCCGGCAGUUCGGCGGCGAUUCGAUUCCAAUCCUUGGUCUCGCCGGUACUCACGGUUGA